UUCUAGCUAGCUUUCAAAAUGAUGAAAAAUAAGCCAAUUGCCUUGGUUCUUCUGGUUUUGCUUAUUUUCAUUCACAAUACUUCAGGUUCUUCUCAAGAUGAUCAAGGACAACUUCAAGUUGGUUUCUAUGCAAAAACAUGUCCCGACGCUGAAGCCAUCAUUCAUGAGGUUGUCCGAAGGGCUGUUGUUGCUGAUCCUAGGAACGCCGCCAUACUGCUUAGGCUUCAUUUCCAUGACUGCUUUGUUGAAGGUUGUGAUGGUUCGAUAUUGAUAAACAAUGAUCUAGAUGGUGAGCUAAAAGCAGCGGGCAACGCUGGAGUUACCGGUUUUGAUAUCAUUGAGGAUGCCAAAGCAAGGUUGGAAAGCGCUUGCCCCGCUGUGGUUUCCUGUGCGGACAUCGUGGCUUUGGCUGCAAGAGAUGCUGUGUCCUUGUCUAAUGGACCAUUCUAUCAAGUUCCGACCGGUCGAAGGGAUGGCCGGAUCUCAAAGAUGUCUCUAGCCGCCGAUUUACCGGAUGUUGAUGAUUCAAUUGAGGUUCAGAAAUCCAAGUUUAAGCAGAAAGGUCUUUCUCACAAAGACCUCGUUCUUCUAAGUGGUGGGGCACAUACAAUAGGGGUUACUGCAUGUUUCUUCAUGCAAAACAGACUCUACAACUUUGCCUCGCGGGGCGGCUCCGAUCCAGCCAUUCACCCUCUCUUCCUACCGGAGCUCAAAGCCAAAUGCCCCUUAAACGGGGAUGUCAACGUCCGAAUAGCCCUUGAUCGGACGAGCCAAUUUAUCUUCGACGACCAAAUCCUUUACAACAUCAGAAGCGGGUUCGCAGUGAUAGCGUCCGAUGCCAGACUGAACGACGACCACGACACUAGGCAAGUGCUGAAUUCUUAUAUUGGCGGCUCCAAGGGUUCUAAUAAAACCGGACCAUCUUUCAAGGAAGAUUUCACCGCAGCAAUGGUGAACAUGGGAAAGAUCGACGUCAAAACGGGCUCUAAAGGAGAAAUUAGGCGGGUUUGCAGCGCCGUUAAUUGAGUCCUAGUCAUAAAAAACAAAUAAUUGGAUAUAUAUAUUUUGAUGUGUUAAUGGGAAACAAUCAAAAACGUCAUUAUAGAUAAAUGUAUAUGAUAACUGUGAAAUCAAAUAAUGUAUAUUUA